CAUCAAGGGACAGAACCCACUUAACUUGGCUGGUGGGGGCAGUGGUUCAUUGAAACAUGCAGUGGGGAUAUUUGACUUGAGGCUUAGUUGGAUCCAGUAGUUAAAUGAUGUCAUUUAAAACCUCCUCAUCUCCCCAUCCCCCUUGUCCCAUCUCUCAGUUCUGCUUUUGUCUUUGCUGGCUUCAUUCUUGGGUUGUUUCCAACACAUGGUGGAAAAGUCAAUUAUUGUAAAUUGCAGGUGUUUAUGGUCCUAUCUCAUGAUUCUAGGAUGUGUCUACAGCAUUGACACACAUAAAGAUGUCCGGUUUUCUUUGUGUUGGGUGCCCAUCUCUAGAUCAGUUACUCUGUCCAGGGGUAGAGUGCCUUGAUUGGCCAAGCCAAUGCCAUGUGCCCACCUCUGUUGAUGAAGACGUAUGAUCACUUGGUUGAUUACCCCUUUAGAAUCACAGGGGGAAGGAGAUGAGGUAGUUCCCAUAGGUGUUCAAGUAGACAUAUAGGGUAGAAACGUGUCCAUCUGAGGUAGCAAUGGCAGGUCCCAAGACAGAUACAGCAUGCUCUCAAAUUUUACUGUGUGUGUGUGUGUAUGUGCACAUGAUGCGAGUGUGCUUUAAGGACUCCUUUGUUGCGUUUUAGUUGUGUGUUUAAAGUUUUGGGGCUAAGGCCGAUGGUAAACUGCAGGGGGUCUGGGAACUGCCUGAAAUGAUACAUAGCAUAUUAUAUAUAUGUACAGAAAAAUAUUUUUUCCCUGGAGUUAAUGUUAUGCAACAUGUUCUCUCCAAUGAAGUUAAUAGAAGCUCUUUAUAAAAUUCUGCAAAAUCUUUGGCUCAUCCUCUGCAACAUGUUAGGAAAACUUUAGGAAAGUUCCUUUCACAACUGUUUUUGGAAGAUCAGACAGAGAUUCAUUCUCUUAGGGUUCCACCACUUACUGUUUCUUCCAGUGGAAACUACCUUGAAUGAUGCUUAUCAAAAAGGAAAAUAUUGGUUUUGGAGACUUGGCUAAAAUUAGCUAUAUUUUGUAAGAUCUGAACCAGUUAAUUUUAUGGGAGCUUUUGUGUUUGUAAUUGAUAGCUUACCAAUUGUGGUACAUGCUGGUAUAAACAACCAGUAGAAGAAACUAGCUGUUGACAUAUUUCUUCUUUUUUCCCUGGCAUAAGGAACUUCCACAGCGUACUACCAUUUUUCUUCUCAAUUCUAGAGUUGUAGACAGGAGAGAGAAUUCUGCUUGUUUGGAGCCAAUUCAAACUCUGGAACCAAAAGGAAGAGCUUCCCUGCUUCCUCUAAUUAUAUUAGCUUCUCAAAAUCAAAAUGGUGGUUUACCCAGCAGUAGGUGGGAGUGACAGGCUAUUGUAUUCCUUCCCGUUUUUAGGGAGAUGAAUCAGGUGGCCUUAGUUCUAGGUUUGGGACUUAUGUGCAGGCUUUUAUAUUAAUCCUAGAUUUCGAGUUUAUUUCUUAUAGCUUUCUUAAGUCACAAACUUCCUUCCUCAAAAUUAAUUGUUUCCUAUAUGGGGAUUUGAUGCUAUGAGAAUUAAAUUGCUCAAAUAAAGGCAAUUUCAUUAUUCUAAAAUGGAUCCUCUGGUUCAUAUCAUCAGAUGUUGGGACUGGAAGGGAUCCUUGAAGAUUCUCACCUGCCUCUGUGAGGAUAAACUGAGUCUCCGACAAGCGCAAUGAUGUAACCAGGGUCCCAGGGCUACUUGAGGAGAAGAGCUGGAAGUGAGGUCUAGGGAUCCCUUCACACUAGUAUUUUUCCCCCAGCUAUCCCACAUUUUUCUCUGGCAAAAUUUUAAAAAAUUAUCCCCAAAGCAUUGUUUUCAUUAUCACAUAGCUCAAAUAUGGAAUCUGAGGGCAAGAACCAAAUUGGUCUUUUUAAUGAUCAUAUGCCCAGUAGUAGCAUUAAUUAGCAACAGCAGCAGUAGUAGAAAUAGUCAUAAUAAUCUCAUCUGUAAGAACUUACUCUGGCCAGACAUUAUUCUUUAUACUUUACAUAUAUUUACCUACUGAAUGGGGCCAACAACCCCUUGAAGUGGGUACUAUUAUUAUUUUCAUUUUACAGAUGAAUAAACUGAGGUCCAGACAUAUAAAGCCUAGAAAUGUGCAUGGAAGGCACUUGGUAAAUCUUUGCUCAGUACUCAGAAUUUCCAAAGCACAUUCAUGGCCGUUAUAUAGUGUGAUGACAUUUCAAGGGAGGGCAUUUUUCUGAGGAAAUAAUGGCCCAGAGGGCUCUAAGAGACUGAGGUUAGGGGGACAGUUAGUAGUAGAGCUAGGACUUACUUUGAUCCUGACCUUCUGACCCCGUUAGUGUCAUCUGUGGAUUUCUGCAAAAGCGUAUCCUAAAGGUCAGUGGCUGGGAAACUCCGAGGCAGUGUCUGGUUUUAUAUUUACCCAGAGGUUGGCCAUUUCCAGCAUUCUUCUUUGCUUUGUGUAGAUCCAAAUUUCUAUCUGGUAUCAAUUUCUUUCUGCCUGAAGGACUCCCUUUAAAGAGUGUUGGCCUUUGUUCUGGCACAUGGUUAAAUUACUUGGGAUCAGCGAGACCCUUUUGAGGCUGCUUUUAAGCCCUUUCCAGAGCAGGCUGUGUCUAGGACCCUUUUGGAGGCUCUUCCUGAUAUUUUAUGUAAACCGGCUCUUUCUACUCAGGCUGGUGGGAAUGCCGCUUAUUCCCAGCCCCAUGUGAACCCUAGGUCCUCGUGCAGAGUAGUACUCAGCCGAGGAUUGGAGGGGACCCCCUUUGCAGAUUUCCAGAGUUGCUCACUGCCUCAUUCUCCCCGAACUUUUAUCUCUGGCUCCUCAGCUUAGCACGACCCCUGAGCUUGGCUUGGGUUUCCCCUUCCUGCCUUACUGCCUAGAGUAAGUUGGGGUGAUAGUAGGGCUUAUCUCACUUGGAAUUUCCUUGUCUCAAAGAUCAUGGUCUUGCAUUGUCUUUGUCCAGUAACUAGUACAGUUGUUUCAUGUGUUUUGUCCACUUUUCUAGUUGUUUGUAGUGGGAGGGCAGUUCCUGUAGCAGCUAAUCCUUCGAGGACGGAAGUGGAUGCCAGUGUCUUGUUUGAGGUCCCAAACCUUAGCAGGGUACUCUGUGCCCCCUAUUUGUUAAGAACAGAUAUCACCCUCUGCUUCCUUUUACUUCCUCUCCCGAGCUAUAUUCAAAGGAACAUGGAAGUUACUGGGAGACUGCGUUAUUUGAAGCAAGUAGAAUCUGCUCUUGCCUGUUGAAGAUGAGGUGAAGAAUUGACCACUCCUUCUACUUACUUCCUGUCUGUCUGCUCACAGAGCCAGAGUCUAGAACCUUGAGUUGGCUUAAGGAGCCAAGGGCUCAUGUGCCUGUGAACUAGCUGUGCAAGGGCAAGGUCUACAUCUGUUUCGGUCAUCUUUGUAUCCCAAAACCAAACAGAGUGGGCACACACUGGGUCCCUGAAUGAAUGAAUGAAUAAAAAUGUAUAAAUGAUCACACAGAAUUGUGAACUUGAGAUUUGUGUGUAGAUAUGUGGGGUGAGGGGUGAUUCCUGACUGUCUGUGAAUUGUCCCUAUGAGGAAAAACCAGUUUGACACCUGUAUGCGUGUGCGUGCGUGCAUGUGUGUGUGUGUGUGUGUGUAUCUGAGGUUGAUUACCUGUGGGCAUCUCUGUCCCAGUUGCCUUUCCAGUCUGAGCAAGUACAGUUGUUAACCAGCGUGUUUUCCCACAAAGAGGCUGGCUUUUACCUUUUACGUGCUACUACCCAAUGAGGUGGGUGGUGUUUAUAAGAGGAGUAACCACGAAGGGGCCAGUUGCCAGGUUAGCUAGACAUCUGUCAUAGCUCUGUUUUCUGCUGAUGAAUAGGAGGGAGACAUUGUCCUGGUUGAUUAUUUUCAUGGAAUGGAAAGUGGUGUUUGUAAGAGUUUAGUCACUUCAAGAAAUAGAACAGAAAUCCGCCAUGGCCCCAAGGAAGAGAGGUGGACGGGGGAUUUCAUUCAUCUUUUGCUGUUUCCGAAAUAAUGAUCACCCGGAAAUCACCUAUCGGCUGCGAAACGAUAGCAACUUUGCGCUUCAGACCAUGGAGCCAGCAUUACCCAUGCCCCCUGUGGAGGAGCUGGAUGUCAUGUUCACUGAACUUGUGGAUGAACUUGACCUGACAGACAAACACAGGGAAGCCAUGUUUGCACUUCCAGCUGAGAAGAAAUGGCAAAUAUACUGUAGCAAGAAAAAGGACCAGGAAGAAAACAAGGGAGCAACAAGUUGGCCUGAAUUCUACAUUGAUCAGCUCAAUUCCAUGGCUGCUAGAAAAUCUCUCCUGGCUUUAGAGAAGGAAGAGGAAGAAGAGAGAAGUAAAACUAUAGAGAGUUUGAAAACAGCACUGAGGACAAAACCAAUGAGGUUUGUAACCAGAUUCAUUGACUUGGAUGGCCUGUCAUGUAUUCUCAACUUUCUAAAGACCAUGGACUACGAGACCUCAGAGUCUCGAAUACAUACCUCUCUCAUUGGUUGUAUAAAGGCACUAAUGAACAACUCUCAAGGCCGGGCUCAUGUCCUGGCUCACUCUGAGAGUAUAAACGUGAUUGCUCAGAGUCUGAGCACAGAGAACAUUAAAACAAAGGUGGCCGUGCUGGAAAUCUUGGGCGCCGUGUGCCUGGUUCCCGGGGGUCACAAGAAGGUUCUGCAGGCCAUGCUGCACUACCAGAAGUAUGCCAGUGAAAGAACCCGCUUUCAGACAUUAAUCAAUGACUUGGAUAAAAGCACAGGGCGGUAUCGAGAUGAAGUGAGUCUCAAGACUGCCAUCAUGUCCUUCAUCAACGCAGUGCUGAGCCAAGGCGCUGGGGUGGAAAGUUUGGACUUUAGACUUCAUCUUCGCUAUGAAUUUCUGAUGUUAGGAAUUCAACCUGUAAUAGAUAAAUUAAGGGAACAUGAAAAUUCAACAUUAGAUAGGCAUUUAGAUUUUUUCGAAAUGCUCAGAAAUGAAGAUGAACUAGAAUUUGCCAAAAGAUUUGAACUGGUUCACAUAGACACAAAAAGUGCGACUCAGAUGUUUGAGCUGACCAGGAAGAGGCUGACCCAUAGUGAAGCUUACCCUCACUUCAUGUCCAUCCUGCACCACUGCCUCCAAAUGCCUUACAAGAGAAGCGGCAACACCGUUCAGUACUGGCUGCUACUAGAUAGGAUUAUACAGCAGAUAGUUAUUCAGAAUGACAAAGGACAGGACCCUGACACCACGCCUUUGGAAAACUUUAACAUUAAGAAUGUCGUACGAAUGUUGGUCAAUGAAAAUGAAGUUAAGCAGUGGAAAGAACAAGCGGAAAAAAUGAGAAAAGAGCACAAUGAGUUGCAACAGAAAUUGGAAAAGAAAGAGCGCGAAUGUGAUGCCAAGACCCAAGAGAAGGAGGAGAUGAUGCAGACCUUAAAUAAAAUGAAAGAGAAGCUCGAAAAGGAGACUAGCGAGCAUAAGCAAGUCAAGCAGCAGGUGGCGGAUCUCACAGCACAGCUCCACGAGCUGAACAGGAGAGCUGUCUGUGCUUCGAUCCCAGGUGGACCCUCCCCUGGAGCCCCAGGGGGGCCCUUUCCUUCCUCUGUCCCAGGGUCCCUCCUCCCCCCACCACCACCUCCACCCCUGCCAGGUGGAAUGCUUCCUCCUCCACCCCCUCCCCUUCCUCCAGGCGGCCCUCCUCCUCCCCCAGGGCCUCCUCCCUUAGGGGGGAUCAUGCCACCUCCUGGUGCUCCACUGGGUCUGGCACUCAAGAAGAAAAACAUUCCUCAGCCCACAAAUGCCCUGAAAUCCUUCAACUGGUCUAAGCUGCCUGAGAAUAAACUGGAAGGAACAGUAUGGACCGAAAUUGAUGAUACAAAAGUCUUCAAAAUUCUAGACCUCGAAGACCUGGAGAGAACAUUCUCUGCCUACCAAAGACAGCAGGAUUUCUUUGUGAACAGUAACUCCAAGCAGAAAGAAGCAGAUGCCAUUGAUGACACUCUGAGUUCCAAACUUAAAGUCAAAGAACUUUCGGUGAUUGAUGGUCGGAGAGCUCAGAAUUGCAACAUCCUUCUAUCGAGGUUGAAAUUGUCCAAUGAUGAAAUCAAACGGGCAAUUCUAACAAUGGACGAGCAGGAAGAUCUGCCCAAGGACAUGUUGGAACAGCUCUUGAAAUUUGUUCCCGAAAAAAGUGACAUUGACCUGUUGGAGGAACAUAAACAUGAACUGGAUCGCAUGGCCAAGGCUGACAGGUUCCUUUUUGAGAUGAGCCGCAUCAAUCAUUACCAGCAAAGACUGCAAUCGCUGUACUUCAAAAAGAAGUUUGCAGAGCGUGUGGCAGAAGUGAAACCUAAAGUAGAAGCAAUUCGUUCUGGCUCAGAAGAGGUGUUUAGGAGCAACGCCCUGAAGCAGUUGCUAGAAGUGGUUUUGGCAUUUGGGAAUUACAUGAAUAAAGGCCAAAGAGGCAAUGCGUAUGGAUUCAAGAUAUCCAGCCUAAACAAGAUUGCUGACACAAAAUCUAGUAUUGACAAGAAUAUUACACUUCUGCACUAUCUCAUAACCAUUGUGGAAAAUAAAUACCCCAAGGUCCUCAAUCUAAAUGAAGAACUGCGGGACAUUCCUCAAGCAGCAAAAGUAAACAUGACUGAGCUGGACAAAGAAAUAAGUACCUUGAGAAGUGGCUUGAAAGCAGUAGAGAUGGAGCUGGAAUAUCAAAAGUCUCAGCCCCCACAACCCGGAGAUAAGUUUGUGUCUGUUGUCAGCCAGUUCAUCACAGUAGCCAGCUUCAGCUUCUCUGAUGUCGAAGACCUUCUAGCAGAAGCUAAAGACCUGUUUACUAAAGCAGUGAAACACUUUGGAGAAGAGGCUGGCAAAAUCCAGCCGGAUGAGUUCUUUGGCAUUUUUGAUCAGUUUCUCCAAGCUGUGUCGGAAGCCAAACAAGAGAAUGAAAACAUGAGAAAGAAGAAGGAGGAAGAGGAACGCCGUGCUCGCAUGGAGGCUCAGCUCAAAGAACAGCGUGAAAGGGAACGUAAAAUGAGGAAAGCAAAAGAGAAUAGUGAAGAAGGUGGAGAGUUCGAUGACCUGGUUUCAGCUUUACGCUCAGGAGAAGUGUUUGACAAAGACCUUUCUAAACUGAAACGGAACCGCAAGCGUAUUACCAACCAGAUGACGGACAGCAGCCGAGAGAGACCCGUCACGAAACUUAAUUUCUAAUUUUCCUUGGAUACUUUUUUAGGAAGCUCAUUAGCAGCCCUUUGAAGUGACUAGAACUUUUCAUUACACUGCCUUGCAAUCCAAACAGUGGCAAUUUCUUCCUUCAUCUGUGAGUGAAUGCGUGAAUGUGUGUGUAUGUAAAUGUAUGUGUACAUAUAUAUUAAAAAAUGUAUAUAGAAGUCUGAGUGUUGUCUGGAGACCUAUAUGUAUGGUUAAAAACAAAACUCUGUGUUAAUGUAUGUGCUCAGAAACCCUUUGUGUAUGCAUUCAUAUUGAGUAUGGCUCAUUUUCUUCCCCUGAACACCAUGGCUGUUCAGAAGCACAAUGCUGUCUCCUGAAAGAGAUGACAGAGACAUUCCCUAGAGUAAAAAAGAAAAACAAAAGCAAAAAAAAGAAAAAAAAGAAGAAAAAAAAAAGGCUUGAGAAAUAUUUUAUGGUUUCCAAGCUUGGUAUACUUAGAAAUUAUUUUCACUGGGGAAACUGGUGUUGGAAAAAUAUAGAUUUAAAAUGGUUUUUGAUAGUUGACGAUGUGAUGCUGGUGUAGAGCAUCAGUAAUUAAGAGGAACCAGCUUAGAAUUUCUGACAUUGGUGUGGGGGUGCAGGCUGUAAAUGUUUAUUGAGAAUAUCUCGCACACAAUCUGAAUUAUGUAGAAUAUCAAUCAGACUCUUUUUUAGGAAUUUACAACACGGGCAUCAAUUUUGUUUCCUAAUUUCAUCGCGUUCUCUGCCAAGCGCUCUUGAAGAUUUCUUUACAUGGCUUUUGAAAAGAACACUAUUUAUCUACAUGCAAUUCGUGCUCUUGUUAAAAAACAAGAUCGCCAGAAUGUGCUUGUUGUUCUAACAAUGUAGGUAUAUAAACUUUAAAAAUAAAAUUUCCCACCCAAGACCUAAAAGGAGGAAUUCUCUGAAGGGGUAAAAAAUUAUUUAAAUUUUUUUAUGGGGUGCCUUUUUUUUUUUCUUUUGUAUCUUCUAUUUUGUAGGACAAGGGUGCAUCUUCUGUCAAUAUGAGUCUGGACUAAAGGACACUUAGCGAAUGCACAAAAUGCCAACAACACCAACAGAGAUGCCAAGAUCUAUUUAUCUCUAAGUAUGUUUGAAAUGGUUUGUUGUUUAUAUGUUGUCAUUUUAAAUUGUGUGUCAGUAAAGCUACCUGUAAAAUUUCAGUCCAAAAGAUAAAGCUCUCAGGGAGAAAUGAAUAAAAACAAUGAACAUUAGAAAAUAAAAUAUAGAUGCUUACCAUUAACCUACCAACUCUUAAUAUCCUUAAAUUAUAUAUAAAGAGGACUGUUACUUUUUUGGUUUUUUUGGGUUUUUUUUUUUUUUUUGGCUUUGCUUUAUUUAUUUGUAGUGGGGGAGGGAGGGGCUAAGAUUCUCUCUUUUCUUUCUAUCAAUCCUGUUGUGGUUGGGUUUCCUGUGGAGAGAGUAGUUUGUCCUGUUGCACUAGAACAUUAUUUACUCACGAAAUUGAGUUUUUCAGUCAGUUAACAAAUAUUUAUUAAACACCUACUCUGUGCCAGGCUUAGUAGGGCUACAGUGAUAAGCAAGACAAAGUCCCUGCCCCCAAGGAGCUCAUGUUCUAACGGGGAUAAAGGGGUGAAUAGAAUACUAAUAGGCGCUGUACAGGAAUCAUGCUAUUUAAAAAUACUUUGUAUAAACUUUAAUGCUUGGUGCAGAUGGCGAGGCCCUGCACUGGGUGAAAGCUGUGAAGUAGUGCUCAACGAGUUGUCAAGAGCAGUGGUUUUACGUUUUGUCCCCCUUCAUUGCGAACUUAGAGACUUUCUACACGUUUUAUGGAAGUAAAUGACUCUAGCACAUGAAACAGUCAUAAAAACACAGCAGAGGUUGUGUUCCCCAGCCCCUAGUUACCAAGGUCUGCAGAUACACCCAGUUAGAGGUGCAGACAGAGAUUUGCUCCAAAAGGCUUGGAGAGGAGGAGUGGGAUAUGAUGAGGGAUGUGUCUCUUCCUUAACUAAAGUGCCUCUAUCUUCUUUUCUAUUCAUAGCAGGAGAAAUUUGGUCUGGCUCAAUUUUGGAACUGUAUUUUGAAAAUGGCUUUGUUUUACAGUUUAAGGAAUGGACAAGUGGAUGAAGUGUCACCUAAAGGAGCAAGUUCGCGUAGCCUGUCCCUCUUGCCCUUGGUAAUCAUCCUCAUUUUGAUACGGCCAUCCUGGUAGGCCUCCUUUGCCAUUUCCAUUCUUGGUUUCUUUUCCCAAAAGCUUUGUGCAGGUAAUUCCAUGUGCCAUUGUUGGAAAAAAAAAAAAAAAUCUACUUUUUAGAUUGGUGCUGGUGUAAGUAGCCACUUUUCUCUCUUGGGUGUGUAUUUUAAAGGUUUUUGUUUGUUUUUUUAAAUUAAUGCCAAAAAGAAAGCAUUAUAAUUUGUAAACUUAAUUAUAUGUCUUGUAUCUUAUUAGCUUAGUAGUUGGAACCACUUAGUCUUUAGGUGCAAGACUGUUGUUACAGUAUCAAGAAAAAAAAUGUUGUAUGUGUCAUGAGAUUGUACAUUUUUUUUAAAAAAGGAAUAUGCAAUAAAGAGAUGAAUUCAUUGGG